GGGUGUACACAUUUCAUUUUUUCGCAAAUAAAAAUUUGCCUCAGGAGUGAUGUUUUGCUUUAGCGGAUUACCCGUCUGGUGGCUACCGUAGAUAAUCGCUUACCGUCCAUCAUCAAUGAUGUUAAAGUCAUCAUAGUUUGUCUGUAGUGCUGAUUAAAUCAUUAUUUCAAGUGGUUUAGUGAUGGAGAGGUUUGAGGGGUAUGUUUUUACUGCUCUCUGUAGCACAAACUUUCUAAUUUCCUGUCUUCUGUUCUCAAAAAUUACACGGGAGCAAAGAGAACCAUACAUGGACGAAAUUUUUCACGUACCACAAGCCCAGAAAUACUGUGAUGGGAAAUUCAGCGAGUGGGACCCCAUGAUCACCACACUACCUGGCCUAUACUUGGUGUCCGUUGGAGUCAUUAAACCAUUGAUGUGGUUGGCUGGGUGGACGGGGAAGGUGGUAUGCUCCACCGGAAUGUUGCGUUUCAUAAAUUUGCUCUUUAACUGCGGAAACCUCUAUCUGCUGUAUCUUAUCAUAUAUAAACUCCAUCUCAAAGAUAAGGCUCGAGCUGCAAUGCGCCGAGUGCUGUCCGCAUUGUGUCUGUCCACCUUCCCUGUGCUCUACUUCUUCACAUUUCUGUACUACACGGAUGCUGGGUCCACCUUUUUCGUCCUCUUCGCGUACCUGAUGUCCCUGUACGGGAGCCAUAAAGUGGCUGGCCUUCUUGGUUGCUGCGCCAUCCUCUUCCGCCAGACCAACAUCAUCUGGGUGGCAUUCUGUGCCGGCACCGUGGUCACCCAGAAGCUGGACGAGAGCUGGAAGACGGAGCAGUCCAAGAAAAAAGAGGAAAAAUGUCCCUCCCAAGUCCCUUUCUCAUUGGCUGGGGUUGGGAAGGUGACGCGCUUCCUGUUUGAAUACGCCACCACCCCAAGCAGCAUUAAGUCCGUGCUCCUGGUGGCCUGGCCUUACGUUGUCGUGGCGGCGGGCUUCGUAGCGUUCAUGGUGCUGAAUGGUGGGAUCGUAGUGGGGGAUCGGACCAGCCACGAGGCCUGUCUGAACUUUCCUCAGCUCUUUUAUUUUUUCUCCUUUACGCUGCUCUUCUCGCUCCCCGCCUGGCUCUCCUACCGCAGGGCCGUAAGUUUUUUACAUUCCCUGAGAAAGCAGCCGUUGCUCUACCUUCUGCUCACCGUCGUCUCCUUGAUCCUGGUGUGGAAGUUCACCUUCGUUCACAAGUACCUGCUUGCCGACAACAGGCACUACCCUUUCUAUGUGUGGAGGAAGGUGUUCCAGAAGCACCAGCUGGUUCCCUUCCUCGUGGUGCCAGGGUACGUCUUUGCCAUGUGGAACUUCAUGGAAUCCUUAAAGUCCAAGUCUCUGUUUUGGAACCUGGCACUUUUGGUUUGUCUGACUGCUGCCACGGUUCCACAGAAGCUUCUGGAAUUCCGCUACUUCAUCCUGCCCUACCUGCUGUACCGUGUCCACAUCCCUCUGCCCUCCACACCUCGGCUGCUGGCGGAGUUCGGUCUGUACACCCUGGUCAACGCUGCUACGCUUUAUAUUUUCAUUAGCAAGACAUUUCAUUGGCCUGACAGCACAGAUGUGCAGAGGUUUAUGUGGUGACUUUGAACUCCAUGAUGGGUGAAAAUGAGCAGUUCCUAGCUAAUUUUCUACUGGUUGAACUUUCAGUUUGGUUCGGGGGGUUCUAUUACUAAAGAUUUCAGAAAUCUUGAGAGCUGCACAUCUAUUUUCUUAUACUGCUCAAUAAUUGAGAAAACCAAAAUGAGGCAAAGCCAUAUGAUAAGCAGGAAAAAGAAAAUUUUAUAUGGUAUAUAACUUAAUGGGAAUAACGUUAUUCCUGAUACUUAUCUGUCAUCUUUUUAUGUUGUGAUAAAUUAAGACAAGGGUGUUACUGUGGAUAUUUUAGAUAAAACUUUGCGCUGUCCUCUUACCAAUGAGGAAAAUCCAUGUGAGUAUGUUAAAUUUCCUACUCUUAUUGAAAUCAAUAAAAGGGACUGGAUUUGAUACUCCAAUGGUAAAACAGACAAUCUAUAAUAUGUUAAUUGUCAUAGCAUUGACAUCAUUUGGGCUGUAUCAUUAAUAACAUUGACUGUAAACUUUUUUUAUCCUGAUUUGUCCUUUGCUGUCUUGUGCUUGCUUUGUUUUUUUCCGUUUUAUUUCUCAUUUCUUUGACACUGAUUUAGAACUCGUCACUCUCCUGGAACAACCUGGUUGUGUUACUUCCGCAUUAUGGAUGCAUGAACAGUGAUUCAAUAUGAAUGAGUGAAAUGAAUGUCGCUCAGUACAGGUGUAUAGAUUAUGUUCAGUAGAGAUUAGUUACAGGAGUAAUAAUUGUGCUGUUAGACUGAUUGUUUAUUUUAAGUUAAAUAUUUUUGUGAUUUUGUGUCUCAGCAUAGUUGUGCAAUCUGCUGUACAGUAGCCCGUAUGAUUCAUUCCAGUACUACUGUGUUUUAUGGGCAGAAGCCAUGUGAUUUAUGCAUUAAAAUUAUCCCUGUGGUGCCAGCAUACCAUUAGUAACGAUUAUUGUGUAUUUGACUUUACAGUUUGCUUUUUGUUUUACUUUCAAGCCCAUUGAAUGAUAAUGUUGGAAAUCUGUUUACUGUGUAUGUGUAAUGUUGAUAAUAAACAGAAAACAGGAUGACUGUUUGAAGUGGA